AUGAAACGUCGCUUAUCAGCAGGUUCAUCCGCGGUAAAGAAGGCGAAGCCCUCUGAAAACUUCAAAGAGUACUACCAACCUAACCCUCUGUAUUACCCUAACCCUAUUAGUUGGAAAGAUGCGAAUAACUUCAAUAAUGGCAAAAGAAGUAAACCAAUAACGCUACUCAACGCUUUCAUUUCAGGAAAACAGAAAAUGAAUUCACAAUUGGAAACCGUUGUUCAUUGGUUUAGAUGUGAUUUGAGAGUUCAAGACAACUCCGCAUUGUCGAAUGCUCUAAAACAUUUAGAGACAGCAAGAAAGGCAAACAAAGGGGCGGAUCUUGUUGCGCUCUUUGUCAUCAAUGAAGAUGAUUGGAGGGCUCAUUUGGAAAGCGGCUGGAAACUGAAAUUUAUACUCAACGCCGUGGCUAACCUUAGGAAGAGUCUAGCCCUUAUGAAUGUUCCUCUAGUCGUAAAGAUCUUCAAUCAUAAAGAACGUAAGCUGUCCAAUACCAAUGAGUUCGCAGACUGGUUCAAAUCCGUGUGCUUGUCAUUGUCUAAGAACAGCAGUACUUUGGUUACCACAAAUGCUCAGUAUGAGUAUGAUGAAAUUGAUCGCGAUUUGAGAAUAUCUAAGCGAGUAGAUGAAAAAUUCUCGUUUCAAAUUUAUCACGAUCAAUGUGUGGUCGAACCUGGAACUCUCACCACUGGCAAAGGGUCACAAUACACAGUAUUCACACCUUGGUACAAGAAAUGGGUUCAGUACUUGGACACUCAUAAGAAAUCAAACGACAUUAUCGAUGUCAAAACUGUCUCCAAAGAUGCGAAGGUGAACAAGGAAUUGAAAGCUUUUGAUUCUGAUGACUAUGGGCUGCCAAAAGAAUUCACAUCCUACCUCCAGGACACGAAAUUAGACGUACCGCCUGCAAACGAGGAAGAUGCGCUAAAGUUACUUGAAGAAUUCAUCGAGAGCGGGAAGAUCGGAAAUUACAACGACAAAAAGGAUAUUCUUUCCUUGGACAAUACGUCUCAUUUGAGUGUGUAUAUAACUAAUGGACUUAUCAGUACCAGAACCGUGGUUAAUCGCUGUUUUCAUGCCAACGAUGAUAGCUUAAUGCACAAGGAUAUUAAGCAAAAUAACUCAAUGGAAACCUUUAUCAAGGAAGUCGCCUGGAGAGAUUUUUACCGACAUGUUAUGUGCAACUGGCCAUAUUUGUCAAUGGAACUUGCUUUCAAAUUCGAAACCAUGGACAUACGAUGGGAAAAUGAUGAGGAGAAGUAUCGAAAGUGGUGUCUUGGCGAGACUGGAUUGCCAAUUGUUGACGCUAUAAUGAGAAAGCUUCUUCAUACGGGAUAUAUCAAUAAUAGGUCACGCAUGAUAGUUGCAUCCUUUUUGACCAAAAAUCUCUUGGUGGACUGGCGAUGGGGAGAACGGUGGUUUCGUAAGCAUCUUCUUGAUGCAGAUUUGUCCUCUAACUCAGGGGGUUGGGGCUUUUGCUCGAGCACGGGAGUUGAUGCUCAGCCAUUUUUCCGUAUUUUCAAUAUGAAGUUGCAGAGCGAGAAGUACGAUCCUAAGGCUAAAUUCAUCAAGAAUUGGAUUCCAGAGCUGAGAGAUGUGGCAAAUCCGCAUUUAUUACAUGAGAGCGGCUCACACGUGAAUAUCAAAGGGUAUCCGAAGCCGAUUGUUGACUUAAAGGAAAGUAGAGACAAAGCUCUUGAAUUAUAUAGAGAAGCUAUUUAA